AAAAAAUUGAAACUCUCCCUCCAAAGCCCUCCCAAACCUCUCUCCAAAAAAAAACAAGAAAAAGCCCUCUCAAACCUCGAGACAAUCUGCAAAUAAGACCGACUGCAACAAAAAUCACAGACGCGGAAGACGGAAGGAGAGAGAGAAAUCAAAACCAUGUCAAAACGUCAGGAUGACCUCGAUCUCCUUCUAUCUCUUCAAGACAGGGUUUUGGAAACCCCUCCUGGUUCACCUUCCCAUUCGCCAGGGUACCUAUCGAACGAUGAGUUGCGGAGCCAAAGAGGGCCGGCGGACAUGUCCGUGUUCAGGGAGGCUGUUGAGGACUGCCUUGAUUACCAACCCAAACCGGUUCAGAAGACUGGCAAGUUGAACCGGCCCAAUGCCUCAACUGAUCCAGAAGUGGAGAAGUUUUCGGGCUUGCGUAUCAGGAAGCAGUUGGUAACUCCCUUAGAGCUUAGUGAUCACUUUUCAGACAUUCGUUUUGUUCGGUUGUCUGCCAUAAAGAAUUCGUUGCGUGGGGAUACACUUACAGGAUGUUGGGCAACUGCGGGAGUGUUGACCGAGAAGGGGAUUCCAAGAACUAGUUCAAACGGGAAGAGUUAUUGUAUUUGGAAACUCGGGUGUCUGGAUGAAGAUACCAUUUCUGUCUUCUUAUUUGGUGAUGCUUAUGAGACUUACUUCAAAGAGCAGGCUGGAGUAGUUUUCGCUCUGUUUAAUUGCGCCGUACGCAAGGAUGCGCUGGGUGGUGGUUUUUCUUUGAGCGUGUAUUCAGCCAAUCAAAUGCUGAAGAUGGGUACUUCAGUUGAUUAUGGAGUUUGCAAAGGGAAAAGGAAGGAUGGAAUGGCUUGUACUGUAGUCUUAAACAAACGUCGUGGGAUAUAUUGUAAAUUUCAUAAAUCAAAAGAAUCACAGAAAUAUUCUUCAAUGCGAACUGAGCUCAAUGGGGGGAACUUGAGAACAGCAUUUCGGAGUCCCUCUAACUCAGAAGGAAUUUAUUUGGUUGAUCCUCUAUCUAACAAAACAAACUCAGGCAAAACUAAGCAGCCACUGAAGCUAUUAUCCGUGGAGGGGCUAAAGAAGGCACUAAGCAAUGGAAGUAAAGUGACUACAAAUACACACUCCCAAGGAUUAAGGUUCCUGGCGGCGGUCACAGGGAAGACAGAUCCGAAAGACGUCCUCAAAGAGUCAAAAUUGCAAAGCAAACAAACCUCCAGCGUAGAGAAGAGGAAACCAUCUUCUACAAGCACGGAUCCAUCCGCAGUCAUCAGAAACCAGCAACUGGAUGCGAAAAGAAUGAAAACUGAAAAGGAGAAUAGUUUGACAGGCAAAACAAAGCCGGCCACAGUAAAGAUGAUGGAGUUACAUUACAUAAGCUCGGACGAAGGAUUCUGAGCCGUAUUUGCAGUAAUUCUAAACAUCUUGGCUAAAUUAAUGUCGAGUUUCAAUUAUUGGGACGUAAGUGCGCAUGAACAAGCAUACGGGUGAUUCCGCUCUCAGUUCAAAGUUGGAAAAGACCAAGAAGAUCCAGCACCAAGGAAUGGAGCAAGCAAGAUUCCUAGAGCUGUCUGGUUUGGUCACUGAAGAUCUGCAACAAAGUUUUGUAAGAUUCUUGCCAAUACAUGUAGCUGUUCAAUCUUUUAAAGUUAAUUUAAAAUUAUACAGUAUAUUCCAACCUGACAUUUAAUUGUUUAUUAGUGUUAACAACAAUGAGAGAAUUGUACUAGUUAUUUAUUUAUUUUGCCAAUCAGGAGCAAUUUGUCUUAAUUUAUAGGUAAAGUGGUCAAAGAA